UGAAAGUUAUGGAUCUCAUUGACCUGCUCUUCAGGACCAAAGAUGAAACCAGCAGCUGCCAUGGCAACCCACCGUGGCCCAUCACCAUGUAUGACGCGCUGAGCCCAGACGAAAAAGGUCCAAAGGACUUUUUGGACUCUCUGCUAGCCGGGAGUGAGUCUUCCUCAGCUCCGGCAUCUCCCCUGUGGUCCCCGCUCACCCCAGAUAGCGACACACCCGACUUGGCCGGCGGCCUCCAAGUGGCUUCAUAUGCUUCAUUUCCAGCCUUGGACGCGGGACUGCCUCACCUCACAUCCGUGCAGCUUCCACCCUGGAAACAUGAAAAUCAAAUGACGUCUGAUGUUUCCAUUGAUCUGGGCUGGGAGUCUGAUGGCCUCCAAGAGAAGCUGGGAAUGGCGUACUACCUCACAUCAAAUCAAAGUUCCACAACGUCUUCCAGUCAGGCGCUUACAGUGAAGGACCUGCUCUUAUCCAAUCUGGGAAAGAAAAUAAUUCCACAGCAUCCUCUACAAGAGCUUGUUCUUAAUGAGGAUGAGAAGAAACUUCUGGCAAAAGAAGGCAUAAACUUGCCCAGCGAACUGCCUCUGUCUAAGUGUGAGGAGCGUGUUUUGAAGAAGAUCCGUCGGAAGAUACGCAACAAGCGCUCAGCUCAAGAGAGCCGGAAAAAAAAGAGGGAAUAUGUGGAUAGUCUGGAAGAAAGGAUGUCUGCAUGCAGUGCUCACAACCUCCAGCUGCAGAGGAAGAUCCACAGACUGGAGGAGACAAACAACGCUUUGCUGGAGCAGCUGAGCCAGCUCCAAGCGCUCCUCCCAAACAGCUCCAACAAAAACACACAAAGAGGGACCUGCCUCCUGGUUUUGCUCCUUUCCUUCUCUCUCAUUAUUUCCUCAAAUAUGACGCCGGAUCCCUACAGUCAAGCAAGCCAAGGAGCGUACACUGAGACAUCAGUGCCGUCACGCUCUCUGCAGUCGGUCACCGAAGUGAAAGAGGUUGCUUCGACGCGUCCUCCCUUGUCGUCCUCCAGGGGCAUGGUGGCCCUCAGAGGUGUAGCAGAGGAGCUUUUGAAAAGGCUGCCCGACGCCGGAGCUGCCAGGAUCCCAGCGCCGUGAUCACAGGCCGAGCAACGACAACUGCUGUCUGCCGACCCUCGGGAAGAAAUACACAGCAAAGGCGUUCAGGCGUAGCAUCCAAAUGAGUCUGAUUAAAUUUCUCGAUGGGCAGGAAAGAGGACUCAUCAAGUGGUUGUCGUAACAUGCAAAUAACAUGUUCAAGUUGAUAGAGGUCAGGUGUUACUCUUGUGCUGCUUGGGAACAGUUGCUAUGUAUUGUUGUGAUGAUACAGGACUGCCCGUUUUGUGCACUAUGACCCAUUUUAGAUCAUUUUCUCAUCUACAUUAAAUGUAGAUUGUUGGUGAACAUCCAGAUGAGUUAUUUACAAGGCUUUUGGAAUGGUUUAAAAGAGGCACUCCUA